CAGCGACUACUGCUGUAACCACCGAGGAGGUGAUGAAAAAAAAGUAUUCCGUUGGUGGGACGCAGGUUGGAGCGGAGAGAGUGCUCGGACCGCAGUUUUCCACUUCAACCACUAGCCCAACCGAGACGUCGCGAAGUCAGGGUGGAGGUGCGCGUGGAGUUGGUCGUGCCGCUUCAGUUCAGUCUCAGGAAGCCUUGCGAUCGGCGCCGGUCCCAGAUCAAGGGACGACGGCGCGUGUUAAAGUGCUGAGCGAGCUGCUUCAAAUGCCACCAUCGUCCUUAUCGGAACGCGAAUAUAGCAACCGCCUUCGGGCUUUAGAAACCAUGAUCAAGUCCCUCGCCAACCAGACGCGCACAAUUCGCGCGGAGCAAACGCGGCAGCACAUGCAGGAUUUGCAGAAACAGCCACCGGCGUAUGGAGCGGACUCAUCUACGAAAGGUCCGUUAGCCUUUCAUACUCUGAAACACACGACUUCUACCAGCGCGAAGAGUCCACUUUCAAAUGUCGUGGUUAAUGGACUUGCAGAACAAACGGGUGCUCCGGGAGGAGCAUUGCUAUCC